AUGGGUAUCAAGCACCUCUUCCAGCUCAUUCAAGAGCAUUCGCCUGGUGCAGUCAAGACCGGUGAGAUCAAAAACCAGUUCGGUCGCAAAGUCGCUAUCGAUGCGUCUAUGAGCAUAUACAGUUUCCUCAUCGCCGUUCGAUCUGAUGGCCAGCAACUCAUGAGCGACACUGGCGAGACGACAUCACAUCUUAUGGGUCUCUUCUAUCGCACACUCCGCAUGGUGGACAACGGCAUCAAGCCCCUCUACGUCUUUGACGGCGCCCCACCGAAGCUCAAGUCUGGCGAGCUCGCAAAGCGGUUCCAGCGCAAGACAGAGGCGCAGGCAGGUAUGGAGGAAGCAAAGGAGACAGGCACAGCAGAAGAUGUCGAGAAGUUCUCGCGGCGGACAGUCAGAGUGACGAGGGAGCACAACCAAGAAUGCCAGCAGCUGCUCAAGCUUAUGGGCAUCCCGUUCAUCAUUGCGCCUACCGAGGCAGAGGCACAAUGCGCCGUUCUUGCGAGGGGAGGCAAGGUAUAUGCUGCUGCGUCAGAAGACAUGGACACAUUGACCUUCGAUUCACCCAUCUUGCUGAGGCAUCUCACGUUCAGCGAGCAACGCAAGGAGCCCAUCCUUGAGAUCCACCUCGACAAGGUGCUCGAGGGACUAAAUAUGGAGCGCAAGCAGUUCAUCGAUCUCUGCAUUCUCCUCGGCUGCGAUUACCUCGACCCCAUCAAGGGCAUUGGCCCCAGCACUGCCCUCAAGAUGAUUCGCGACCACAAAGACCUCGAAGGUGUAGUCGAACACAUCAAGAACAACACCAAACUCACCAUACCCGAGGAUUGGCCUUUCGCCGACGCGCGCACGCUCUUCCUCGAGCCAGACGUGCGGCCCGCUGAUGCUCCCGAAUGUGACUUCAAGUGGGAAGCACCGGACGUUGAAGGUCUUGUCAAGUUCCUGGUCGAGGAGAAGCAUUUCAACGAGGACAGGGUGCGUAAUGGUGCGGCAAAAUUAAGCAAAAACAUGAAGACAGCACAGCAGAGCAGACUAGAGGGCUUCUUCAAGCCGGUUGAGAAGACGGCCGAAGAGAAGGCAAGCCUUAAACGCAAGGCGGAUGAGAAGCUCGAGGCGAAGAAGAAGAAGCAGAAGGAGGAUGCAAAGGCAAAGAAGCAGGCUAAGGCUAAGCCCAGGACUGCUGCAUGA